AUGGUUCUCAUCACGUCGGGCACGAUUUCGGUGGUGAUAUCUACUUCAAUAAUUGGCAUUUCUACAUUUCUUCUGUUUCUCUCGGGCUACGUACUACAGCAACAGUCGGUUCGCAACAUCCAAGCCGCACUGCCGAAAUAUACCGCACUCCCAACCCCCGCCGUUGUACCCCAGACACCGCUCGCAGAGCCCGGUGUCGAAAGUGGAGAUUCUUUGUCGCCAGAAAAUAGAGUCAGACGCCCUGCGAGUGAUUUGGAUGUCCAGAAUCCAUUUACCACGCUUCCAAACUAUAAGCGUGCCUUUCAGCAAGCCGCCUUGGAUGGAAGUGCCGCCGACGCAUCGUUGAACAAGCAAGCCUAUCUCCAGGUUUUAUCAAAACCAAGCGCGGCAGAUAUAUGCUCGACUCUCCUAUUUGCCAAAACGAUGGCAUCAAACAGCACCCUUGCUACUGAUAGAAUUAUUAUCUACCCCGAAUCAUGGGAUCGAAAUUCCCCGACUGCCAACAUUGCGGCAGCAUUACGAAUUCUUUUAACAUCUAGCAAAGACUACAACGCGAUUACAUACGCGAUAGACAUGAAUGAUCUUAGGGAUCGACAUCCCUCUACAACACGCUUGCUUAAGAGAGCGUCCGCCCGCCUGCGAUCCUACGAGCGCCUUCUAUAUUUACAGGCGCCAGGCGUGGCCGCCGAUGUGAAUCGGUUAGAUCAGUUACUGCUUUCAUUAGAACAGAACGACGUGUCAGCCCGAAGUCCGCCACGACCGUGGCUGUCGUGGCCAUUUAGAAACAAGGACGAUAGCAAAAGAACGUGGGUUCCUACCCAGCUAUCAAUUACGGUUCGAGACCUACCGUCCGCCGCCUUGAUACUGUCCAGAUACCUUCGCUCUGGUAUGAUAUCGAGGCGGUCUCAUGUACUCAGCACGAAGGCGCGGCGAAGCUAUGUGGAUUCUGUGAUGGGUGCGUUGGAUACGCACAAUCAGAAGUCUCCUCGAGCAUCGCCGAGCUAUGUGUAUUUCGAGAAGAGCAAAAAUCGGCUGCAGGAACGAAAUAGUGUAUAUUAUUUGGAAUGGAGGAGAGAACUGGAAAAGAUAUGUGGGGGAAUCGAUCUCAGUGACUAA